AUGCAUACCGACAGAGAUUUUCCUAUUCAAGAAAAGGAAAUGGAGCAGCCACUACCCUAUCAACCGCCAGAACAGCAAAUAUUCGAAGAAGAACUAUUGGCACCGGUCAUUCGUCUGGACCCUAGAGAUAUACAAUCGACAAUUCAAGCAGUUAAAUCGAAUCACCGACAACGUCUCAAGCACCUACGACGCACACUUUCAAGCGAGAAGUAUUCGGACGCCAGUAUGACUUUAAUAAUACCACCAUUAGAAAAAUGUAGUGAUGUCGUCAAGGAUGUGAUCCAGGACCUAGCUGUGAGAAAUGAAACACUCAUAAUCGCGGAUUCUCACCCGCAAAUCUUCCAGUUUCUUGAUAGCAAGAACAAGUCGGAUUCCCUCAAGUCUAUACCCCCGUCUUAUCGACCUGUAACCGUUGCGGAAGAGAAGGCCACUGGGCCAAAGAAUGCCUGCAAAACCACUAGUGAGUUCUUAGCUGGUUCGAUUCAUUGUUUUCUCUCAGAGUGGUUGGCUCUCGAGCCCUCGAAGCUGGUCUCGACCAAGUGCUUAACGGACCCGUCAAAACCAGUGCAUUCGGGCAACAGAAAGUCAGCUGUCAUGCACAAAGACUUUGUAAAUAAAGAAAUUAAGAGCUUCUCUCAACCGGAGCUAUUCAAGAAGUUUCCAUCAGUCCCUGCAACUCUCUUCACGUUCACCCUCUAUCAGUGGCAAAAGUUUUUACAUGUGCCAAAAAUCAAGCUGGAUGAUAUCAGUGGCAUUCUCAAUGCUUUGCCGGAGGGAGGUUUUAUGGCCACUUUUGAUCUCAAAGCUGGACAUCAUCAUGUAAAAACUUAUUCAAGUGAGAUAAGUCUAAUACCAAUCUAA